CAUUUUGGUUAUCUCAGAAAUAAUUUAAACUACAAGAAAUGGAUCCAAACCUGGAUUACCAAGAGAAUUUCAAUCACCACACAGCUGUGGCAAAAGCUCUUUCACAUGAUGUGCAAUCAGAGGUUUUCUAUGGUACUAUUAGGGCCCUUCUUACAACAAUACAAAUAUCCAGAAGGCGAAACUACAAGCUGACGGAGCCCCCUGAUCUCUUGCCUAUAACUGAAGCUCUGAUUAGUAAUACAAAGCCAACUAUAGACCUUGCCAUAGUGGCUGGGAAGAUAAACUGGCUGACAAAAGUAUUCAUCCAAAACAAUCCUGUGACAGUCGAGCAUUUGACAAUUCAGUCUUCACAGAUCAUUGAAACUAUUCCCAAGAUCUGCUUCUUAUUUGGAAUUAUUGAUUGUCUACCUUGUGACAGAUAUGAUGGGAUGGUACUCUCAUCAUAUUCGCCACUAAACUUUAUUUCUGUGCUCAGGAAUCGGGUAAUUUGGCCGUUCAAGUUGCCAUCUUGUUGCUAAACGAUGAAGGACUGACCAAAGAAGACCGAGUGCGUCAGGUUGAAGAAUGUGCCCAAAUAGUAUACCAAAUUCUUCUACGUUGCCGACAUAAAGGUGCCAUCGAGGCAGCCGGUGAUGCUAUGGGCUUACUCUGCCGAAGAUUGUUUGCUAGCCGAGAGGAAACGAUCAAAGCUAUUCCCGGCAAUAUAUUGACGAACUUUCUUGAUCGACUCGAAAAUUCAAAAUUGGGUGGAAGUUGGUCUUGAUAUUCGUUUUUCCUUGCAUACUAAUUUAAAAAAUGGCCAAAGGAGAGGCAUCGGGGGAGAUUCUCAAUAACACGGGCACGAUGGAAUACCAAAAAGCUUCACGUCAACUCUCUGUCUCAUUCAG